AUGAGCAAAAGUAAAGUUGACAACCAGUUCUACAGUGUGGAAGUAGGGGACUCGACCUUCACGGUUCUGAAACGCUACCAGAAUCUCAAGCCUAUAGGCUCUGGGGCUCAGGGAAUAGUUUGUGCUGCUUAUGAUGCUGUCCUUGAUAGAAAUGUGGCCAUUAAGAAACUCAGCCGACCAUUUCAAAAUCAAACACAUGCCAAACGGGCAUACAGGGAGCUGGUCCUAAUGAAGUGUGUAAAUCAUAAAAAUAUUAUCAGUUUAUUAAAUGUCUUUACACCACAGAAGUCUCUUGAAGAGUUCCAGGAUGUUUACCUAGUAAUGGAAUUGAUGGACGCUAAUUUAUGUCAGGUGAUUCAGAUGGAACUGGAUCAUGAGAGGAUGUCUUACUUGUUGUAUCAGAUGCUGUGCGGCAUUAAACAUCUUCACUCUGCUGGAAUCAUACACAGGGAUUUAAAACCAAGUAAUAUAGUUGUGAAAUCAGACUGCACAUUGAAGAUUCUCGAUUUUGGAUUGGCAAGGACGGCUGGCACUAGCUUCAUGAUGACUCCCUAUGUAGUAACACGUUAUUACAGAGCACCGGAGGUCAUUCUUGGAAUGGGAUACAAGGAAAAUGUUGACAUGUGGUCAGUGGGUUGCAUCAUGGGAGAAAUGAUUAAAGGUGCUGUGUUGUUUCCUGGCACUGAUCAUAUUGACCAGUGGAACAAAGUUAUAGAACAACUGGGAACACCGUGUCCAGAGUUCAUGAAAAAACUUCAACCAACAGUUCGGAAUUAUGUGGAAAAUCGCCCCAAAUAUGCUGGUCUCACAUUCCCCAAACUUUUCCCAGAUUCUCUAUUUCCAGCAGAUUCAGAGCAUAAUAAACUCAAAGCCAGUCAAGCAAGAGACCUCUUAUCAAAGAUGCUUGUUAUAGAUCCAGCUAAGAGGAUAUCGGUUGAUGAGGCACUACAGCACCCGUACAUAAAUGUAUGGUAUGACCCUGCGGAGGUGGAGGCGGUAAGACAUUUUAUUCUUCUAUGUUGCUGA